AUGGCUGAAAGCCCAGGGAGAGGGGACUUCUCACCGCCUGUACCACGUUCUGUGCCUCAGCCUUAUACGCAUGUGCACUUACGCCUUCCAGGUGCUGAUUAUUUCUUCAAGUGGGUUCAGUUGGCUCGCGCAUUCAUGUCAGACUAA